AUGUCUUCUGAAAGAGCGUGUAUGCUUUGUGGAGUUGUACUCACCACUGCAGAAUUUACCAAGGAUGGAUGUCCGAAUUGUCAGGGUAUUUUUGACGAAGCUGGAGUGAGCACGAUGGAAUGCACUUCGCCUUCUUUCGAAGGUCUCGUGGGAAUGUGCAGGCCGUCUAAGUCAUGGGUGGCCAAAUGGAUCAGCGUAGAUCCUUAUAUACCGGGCAUGUACGCCAUCAAAGUCGAUGGAAGACUGCCUAUCGAGGUCUCAGACAUGUUGCCACAUUACAAGCCACGGGAUGGUACUCAGGUGGACUGA